AUGGAGUUCAUCUCUUUGUUUUACCUUCUAGCAACCUUAACAUCCUCACUCUUCAUCGUAAAAUUUAUCCGGUCGGGUCGGGCCAAAUUGCCCCUCCCUCCCGGCACGAUGGGCUGGCCGUACGUCGGCGAGACCUACCAACUCUACUCCCAAAACCCGAACACUUUCUUCGCCUCCAAAGUCAAGAAAUAUGGUUCGAUAUUCAAGAGCCACAUACUCGGCUGCCCGUGCGUGAUGGUCUCGAGCCCGGAGGCUGCAAAGAUGGUCCUCGCCUCGAAAGCCCAUCUCUUCAAGCCCACAUUCCCUGCUAGCAAAGAGAGAAUGCUUGGCAAACAAGCGAUAUUUUUCCACCAAGGGGAUUAUCACGCCAAGCUCCGGAAGCUCGUUUUACGCGCUUUCAUGCCCGAGUCCAUCAAAGACAUGAUCCCGAGUAUCGAGUCCAUUGCUCUCGACUCCCUGGUGUCUUGGGAAGAUAGACUAAUCACCACUUAUCAAGAAAUGAAGACAUACACUUUCAACGUGGCGUUGCUUUCGAUAUUCGGAAAAGAUGAGAUUCUUUACCGGGAGGAUCUCAAGAGGUGCUAUCACGAAGUCGAAAAAGGUUACAACUCGAUGGCGGUUAACUUGCCGGGCACGCUUUUCCACAAGGCAAUGAAGGCCCGUAAAGAGUUGGCGAAAAUGCUCGCCAAGAUUAUAACCGUGAGGAGAGAAAUGAAGCAGAGCUAUAACGAUUUGCUCGGGUCCUUCAUGGGGGAUAACGAGGGCUUGUCGGACGAGCAGAUUGCCGACAAUAUUAUCGGCGUUAUUUUCGCGGCACGCGACACGACCGCUAGUGUUCUCACUUGGAUCUUAAAGUUCUUGGCCGAAAAUCCGAGCAUCUUGGAAGCCGUCACGGAAGAGCAAGAGGCUUUGAUAAGAUCAAAGGAGGAGUGUGGGGAGAGUAAGGGCUUGAGCUGGGCAGACACAAAGAGAAUGACUAAAACAGUUAGAGUUAUUCAAGAAACUCUAAGAGUUGCCUCAAUUUUGUCCUUUACUUUCAGAGAGGCUGUUGAAGAUGUUGAGUUUGAUGGAUAUCUUAUUCCAAAAGGAUGGAAAGUGUGGACUGUGGUGGGCCCACAAGAUGGCAUUCAGUAUGGGCCCUUUGCCCUUCCACAAAAAGGCCUGCCCAUUGAGCUAACUCUCAAAGAAUAG